UGCUACGCCUCCUUGGUCGAAAAGUGUGUGCAACCUUUUUUCUGUUUUUUUUUUCGCCCACAGACCCGUUUACUUUCAUCAACCCAAUCUAUUCACAAUUUAAAUUUGAUUCUUAUUUGGGGUGUGGGGGGUACUCCAUUCAUACAUCGACAUUAAAUUCAAAUUGAAUACAAGCGCUGGGAAAAUGAAUGCUAACAACGCUAGCUAUAAAGCGUUAUAACAGGUAACAUGAUGGCUAAGCUUUGUUUUGUUAGCAUUGUUUGCGCCGUUUUUAUUUUAUUUUACAUAUUUUUGGGGCAUAAAAUCUAAUAAAGCUCAGGUAGGUAACACAGCCUGCACCUCACAGGUCAGCAUUUUCAACUCUGGUACGGACAUACUUUAUUAUGCUAGCGCCAUCCAUUAUGUUUUAAAGUUCUGUCCUCUUGUUUAGCCGCAACGGCAAUACUGCUUGCAGGGGUCGACGGUAAAAGGCCCCCGCUCUGCUGACUAAACAUGGGAUUAGACUUUUGGUGUGUGUAUGGAUGCGUGUGUGUGAUUAAAAAAAGAAAGAAAAAAGAGUAUCUGACGCAGACUGAUUAUUCACUGAUUUGCUGAGAUCGAUGUUAUCACUCCUCAUGGACUGACACGAGUGUGAAUAGGGAUCAAUUUUCUGGUAGGAGAUUUCCGCAUUCUCUGGAGGGAACUGGAAUUUUUUCUUUUUUUUUAUAUAAGCAACAGACAGCAUUGAUGACUUAUGCUGUGCCAAUAAAGUUGUAACAAUGAAUCAAUAGAAAAAAAAGCAUGGAUGUAGAUUUCACUUUAUUGAUCAGACAUGUUUGUGUUCCACUUUAUGGAUUUUAUAUUAGCGUGUUUAAGAAACGAAAGCUAAAGAAUAUCAAAGUAGCCCCCAUAUCGUGAGAUUCUUACGGACAGUGGCGGGGGGUAAGGGGUGGGGGCACGUCUUGGACCAUUCUGUUGAACCAUGAUGAGGCACUGGAUUGCAAAUCAAUACUGUAAUUUAGACACGGGGGGUGGGAGGUGGGAGCAUUGAUUAUCAGUUCCAGCCAAAAGAAGAGAAUGCAGUGCAGAAGGCGAGCGCAAGGACGACCACCGCAGUGACACUCUGGACUAGCAGAAUCUUAAAAAAGUACUUUGUCUUAGAUCCAGAUUUGGGACUGCUGCUGUACUAUGUGAACGAGCAGGGAAUGAACCAAAAGCCACGAGGGUCCCUCCCCUUGAUCGGAGCCACGGUGACUCCGAGUGAUGACGUUCCGCAUAUGUUCGUUGUCAGCGCUGUCAACGGAGAGCUAUACAAACUCCGAGCCUCUGAUGCCAAAGAGCAGCACUAUUGGGUUAGCCAGCUCCAAGCGUGUGCCAGGCGACAUUCAGACUGCAGUGCCAAGGUCAGGAAAUUGAAGGGCUCGGAUGAACACCUGAGUGCUGAAGUAUCCGUAGGAGGACAAGAUGUGCUGGGCUCCUCGUCGUCUGGUCGCAACCGUAGCUUCUCCCUCCUCCCACACCUCACGCCGACUUCAUCGCCGGCUUCUCAGAGGCAACUGGCCCACACGUCUUCGCCGGGCAACAUCGUCACAAUCACGCAUCACAAGUCGCCGGCUGCGGCGCGGCGGGCCAAGAGUCAGUACCCGGGACGGCUGAUGGAGGUCAAAGAGAUGAUGUUCCAGGCCGAGGGCCAACAAAAGAACCUGGUCCAGUCCAUCGACUCGCUGCCCACCAAAGGCCCCAUCUCCUGUCUGGACCAGGACUUGCUGCUGCUCAAAGCCACGUCGGCCGCCACGCUCAGCUGUUUGGGAGAGUGCCUGAACAUCCUCCAACAGAGCAAUAGUCAGGCACCGCCUCUGUCUCAGGCUACUCAUCGCAAUCAUGGAGCCCCUGUCGAUGGCGUUCCCGUGUGGACGGUACCAAAGUCACCCUCGGGGCAGCAUCUGAAAAACGGCGGCCUGACUCCUCUGUGCUCUGCCGAGUCCUCGCCAGCCCUCAGGAAAAGGAGUCUGUCACAUGAUGCAGAGCACCCGGCGGGGCUUGGAGACAUCUGCCAAAGCGAGGAAGUGACGGACGCGGAGGACAACGAGGAGGAGGAGGAGGACCUGGGCGUGCUGGAUGAUCAGAGGAGUGUCAUUCUGCAUUUGCUGUCCCAGCUCAAACUGGGAAUGGACCUCACCCGGGUGGUGCUGCCGACGUUUAUUCUGGAAAAGCGCUCGCUGCUGGAAAUGUACGCCAACUUCAUGGCCCAUCCAGACUUGUUCCUGUCAGUCACAGCCGGCGUUACGGCCGAGGAGCGCAUCGUCCGCUUCGUGGAGUACUACCUGACGUCUUUCCACGAGGGGCGCAAGGGGGCUGUUGCCAAGAAGCCCUACAACCCCGUGCUGGGGGAAACCUUCCACUGCUCCUGGGAAGUACCUCGAGACAAAGUCAAGCCUUGGGUCCGAGCCAACCAGGGGUCCGCUCGCGAGUCGGGCAGCGGCGCGGCGGGCGGCGGAUGCUACCGAGUCCGAUUUGUGGCCGAGCAGGUUUCGCAUCACCCGCCGGUUUCCGCUUUUUACUGCGAGUGCAGAGAGAGGCGGGUGUGCGUCAACGCGCAUGUGUGGACCAAGAGCAAAUUCAUGGGCAUGUCCAUCGGAGUGUCCAUGGUGGGAGAAGGCGUGCUGUGUCUCGCGGAGCACGAGGAGGAGUACGUCUUCUCGCUGCCGUCGGCCUACGCCCGCUCCAUCCUCACCGUGCCCUGGGUUGAACUGGGAGGGAAAGUCUCCAUCAACUGCGCCAAGAGCGGCUACUCGGCUACUGUCACGUUCCACACCAAGCCCUUCUAUGGCGGCAAAGUACACAGAGUGACUGCGGAGGUGAAGCACAACCCGACCAACACCAUCGUGUGUAAAGCGCAGGGGGAGUGGAACGGAACCCUGGAGUUCACCUACAGCAGCGGCGAAACCAAAGUGAUCGACACGGCUAAGCUCCCUGUCACCAGGAAGAAGCUGCGACCGCUCGAGAAACAAGGACGCACGGAGUCCAGGCGGCUGUGGCAACACGUGACCAAGUCGCUGAGAGACGGCAACAUGGACGAGGCGACGGAGCACAAACACGGACUGGAGGAGCAACAGAGGGCGGAAGAGAGACGGAGAGCAGAUGUUAACAAAGCCUGGACGCCGAAAUACUUCACGAAGGAGGGAGACAGCUGGAUGUACAACAAUCCUCUGUGGAAGUCUACCUGACGGCAAGUGGAGGCGUCGCUUCUGGGAGCAGCUGCUUCUUGAAACUGGACAGCGGCGAUUUCGACUCACCCUGUUGCCACGGAGACAGACAGGAAACAAGCAGCCGUGCCAAAGGGAAUGCUCCACAUGAAACAAAGGACAACGUCAUUUUGUACACUGUCGCUCGAGUAAUUAGAGCCAUCCCUCUAUUUUUCACCCGUGUCGAGGCCUUUUGCACAUUCGCAUUAGAGAAGUCUGUCGGCGGUAUUUUUUUACAGCCAAUCCGAGAGUUUUCUCACAUAUCGUCUUCUACUUGGCUCACGUAAUGCUAAUAAAACAAGUAGUUUGUAAAGCACUUUUACCAGCGGAGUCAAGAUACACUUUUAUAAUCUUUGGAUCUGUCUGCCAAUCAGGGUGUUCCAUCGAGCUGGACAUAAAUGUGAAAUCAUAUUGCCAAGACAAAUGUACUCCAUGAAGGUAAUAUGAUUUGAAGUAUUUUAGGGUUGACUUUUUAAGACAGUAUAUUGGCUUUAAUUGCAAACAGCCUUGAUUGUUUGGUCUGCACUUUUGAAUGUAUUCAGACAUUUUUAAUGGUAUACUCCCUACCCCCCACACCCAUCUUCUUGUCUGCUUUAUUUGUGUGUGUGUUAUAUUAUUUAUAGUUUAGUUUCUAUAAAGGCUUUCCUCUCCUCUCGA